AACCAAACAGGCCCUAGAUUUUUAGAAAUAUUUUCAUCUCUUGCUAUUUGUUGGUGUUAUGUCGGGUUUGUGUUACCAAAUUUCGUAACCAAAACAUAUAUCGAGUUGUAAAAUGUUCUUGAGAUGUAAAAUAGGUGUGCCACUUCACCUACCAAUUUUUUUUUCCAUGAGAGGAAUCCUUCUAACUACACACUUUUUGGACUCAUGGUUGCCACUUUCUCUAGCAAUUACGCACAAUAAUUUUUUGACAUUUUAUCGAAAUUCGUCAUUUGAUAGAACAGAUUCAGUAUUGAUUCAAAAAACUCGACUUGAGCCAAAUCUUGAGCUAUAAUAAUGAAAAUUGUCAUCCAACAUCAUUUUGGUUCAGUAUUUUUGGAAUGGUAGUCAAACCCAAAGUUAUUAAUCAAUGUCCCACAUACUGAACUUCAAUAAUAAUUUUAGGGAGAGAGAGAGAGAGAGAGAGAGAGAGAGCUCCUUUGACUUGAAAAUGCACACUAAUCCACUUAUGCUUCUAUCAUGUGCCUAUCCUUUGGUAAAACCCAAAAUUCAUUAGAUUCAAACACCUCAAUCUACGUUUCAUUUCUCUCUCCUAAACCCAAAUUUUAACAGCUUUCUUUUGGCAUAGACAUGGCUGCAACUACCCUUCCUUCCAUGGUAGAAGUAGAAUCACCAUCCAAGCCUGUCCAAGAACUAGCCAAAAACAGCAGAAAUGAAUUUCCAGAAAGAUAUAUCUACAAAGGGGGAAAUAUCGAUCUCUCUCUUCCUGUGUUGGAUGUUCCAGUUGUCGACCUUAGCCUCCUCUCAUCUUCAUCACCCGCCGGAGAAGAACAACUCAUAAAACUCAACUCAGCCCUCAACUUUUGCGGUUGCUUUCAGGCUAUAAAUCAUGGAAUGACAAGCUCAUUCCUAGACCAAGUCCAUAAUGUGGGCAAACAAUUCUUUGCACUUCCAAUAGAAGAGAAGCAGAAAUACUCGAGAACAGUUGAUGACAUUGAAGGGUAUGGGAAUGAUUCAGUUCUUUCAGAGAACCAGACUCUUGAUUGGACAGACCGGUUGUACCUUAUAGUAAAUCCAGAGGAUCAGAGGAAGCUCAAGUUUUGGCCCAAAAAUCCUGAAAGUUUUAGGGAAACUUUACAUGAAUAUACAGUGAGACUAGGAUUGUUGAAUGAAUUCAUCCUCAAGGCCAUGGCAAGGUCAUUGAGUUUGGAGGAGAACAGCUUUCUGAACCAGUACGGCGACGGCGACCGAGCAACGAUGAUGGCAAGGUAUAACCUGUAUCCUCCAUGUCCAAGGCCUGAUCUCAUUCUUGGUGUCAAACCACAUGCAGAUGGAACAGCCAUUACCUUUCUUUUGCAAGACAAAGAAGUAGAAGGCCUCCAAGUCCUGAAAGAUGAUCAGUGGUUUAGAGUUCCCAUUGUUCCCAAUGCUCUUCUCGUUAAUGUUGGAGAUCAAGCAGAGAUAAUGAGUAAUGGAAUGUUCAAGAGCCCACUGCACAGGGUUGUGACCAACUCAGAAAGAGAGAGAAUGACUUUGGCUGUGUUUUGUACUCCAGGGUCAGAUAAAGAGGUCCAACCAGUGGAGGAGCUCAUCGGUGAAAAUAGGCCAAGGUUGUACAAGAAGGUGAAAAAUUAUGUUGAUAUUUUUUUUCAAAAUUAUCAGCAAGGAAAGAGACCCAUUGAAGCUGCAAAGAUAUAAUCUUGAGAAGAGUCAUCCUUGGCAGUUUGUAAUCGGCGAUGAUAGAGAUAAAUGUGUGGGCAUACCAACUUAAAUUUGGAGUUAUUGUUCUUUUUUUCUUUUUCAAAAUGCUCGAACAAAAAUAAAUUCUCAAAGCAGAAGGCAAUUCAUGUGGAACUUUUUUUGGCCUAGUAGAACUGUUGGAAGAAGCUGCUGUUUGUAGAAGAUGACUUUGUAACAAGUUUUUAGCCAGCAGUGUGAUCUUUGUUUACAUAAACUGUAAAGUUGGAGUGGUCAUAGGUUGGUUCGGGUCUCG